AGAGAGGAGGCCUGGCCUCAGAGGCACAGCGGAAGGAAAAUGGCGGCCGUGGCUGCAGAGCCAGGAGCUGCGGCGGUUCCGACAGCAGCAGCAGCAGCGGACGGUGAGGGCCAGCCGGACCCGGGCCCGGGCGGCCCGCUGCCCCCGAGAGCCGAGCCGGAGGCCGAGCUGACGCGGGAAUACACGUCGGUGAUGGAGCUCGUCGCGCCCCGUGUGGAGGAGGGGGACGCGGAGGAGCGCCGCCAUGUCAGGCCGGAGCUGCAGCCCGCGGCGGGAAAAGCCCUCGCUGCGCGUGCGGGCGAGGAGGAGGAUGGUGAUGAGGAUGAACUGUUGAAUAAACACGCCGCGUGCGAGCCCCGGGACCGGACCGGUUUGGACCGGUUCUCCCCCGCGGCCGAGCCCGAGCUGGGCGGCCCGGUGCAGGCGGCGUACCGGAGCAUCAUCACGGACCCGCAGCCCUCCGCCGUCUUCCUGCACUCUUUUCCGGCUCACCCGCCCGUCACGGAGGCCGGCCUGUCCUUAGCCGAACCGGCCGAACCGACCACCAACGUCACGACGAACCGGGCCGAGCCAGCGGGCAGAAGCUACACGUCCCCGGUCAAACCGGAGCUGAGGCCCGACCCGGACCAAGCCGCCGGGAUCUACCAGGACGCCGCGGAAGACGCCAUUUUGGACGGAACCGCAGACCGGCUGUCGGUGCCGGACGGGCAGGACCUGGAGGCCGGCUGCGGGAAGAGCCGUGCGGGUGGUAAGCAGGGCUCUGCCGGCGCGGAGGAGCUUCCGGGUCCGACCUCCUCGGCCGGCCGGACGCUGCGGGACUCCUCCCCGCCUUGCCGCUCUCCCAAGCGGAGGCUGCUGGACUCCGCCGCCUUGAAGCACGACAAGUCCGGGGAAGGCUCGCCGGAGCCGGCCUGCACCGAACCGGGGCUCGGCUCCCUGGAGCAGCUCAGCCCCGGGUCCGAGGUGCGCGUCUCCCUGGACCACGUCAUCGAUGACGCGCUGGUGGUGUCUUUCCGGGUGGGAGAGAAGGUGUUCUCUGGAGUGCUGAUGGACCUGUCCAAAAGGUUCGGUCCAUACGGGAUCCCCAUCACGGUGUUCCCCCGACGGGACAGGGAUCGGCCUCCUCCAUCUAUGCAGCCGCAGCAGGAAGUGAACGACGGCCGGGACAGGAAGCAGGAAGUGGUCAUGGCUGGCGCCCCCCUCCCUGCUGCUCCUCCUCCUCCCCCUCCCCCUCCCCCCUCUCAGUCGUGGACGUCCAAACCUCCCCCGUUGUUCCAGGAGGGGGCGCCGUACCCCCCACCUCUGUUCAUCAGGGACACCUACAACCAGGCCUUACCUCAGCCGCCGCCGCGCAAGAUCAAACGCCCCAAACGCCGCUACCGCUGCGAGGAGCCCACCUCCAUCAUGAACGCCAUCAAGCUCCGCCCCCGCCAAGUGCUCUGUGACAAGUGCAAAGGCGUGGUGACGUCGGGCGGGCCCAGGGAGGUGCGCAGGGGCCCGACGGCGUCCUCCGAGCCCCGGGGCGAGGAGGCGUCCCGGAGGAGGCGGCCGGCGGACGGAGGGAGCUCCUCGGUGGUCAAACGGCUGCGGAGCGAGCGCGAGGAGAAGGGAGGUCGCGCCGCGGCGGACAGACGCUCGUCCUCGGGGAUCAGGGUGUCUUCCUCGACGACGUCUUCGUCCCGCCGCGUCCUACGGGGCGUUUCCUCCUCGCCGUCCACGUCCUCGUCCAGCCGGGUGCGUCUGAAGCUGAACUCUAAAAAGGUCCUGGCGAAGGGCCCGGAGCGCUCCAAGGCCCGGCAGGUCCUGAAGAAGCUGGCGAGGAGCGCCCAGCCGCCGCCGCCGCACCGCCGGCCCCGAGACCAGAACCAGAGCCAGGACCGUCCCAAGGCCGUGACGCGCGCCUCGGCCCUGCAGAGCCACACCCAGAAGGUCCACUUCACCCGUCGCCUGCAGCACCUCAGCGCCGCCGCUGUGGUGGGCGGGGCCGCCCACGCGGCGGCGGCGCUCCCUCCGAGGAUGCGUCUGAAGCCCCAAAGGUAUCGUACCGACGACGGCCAGGCGCCCUCCUCCCCCCCAAAACACAGCGCUCGCUCAGCACCGCCCAAGCCUGCUUUAAACCCCGCCCCUGCUCUGACCUCAGCCCCGCCCACACCCCAAACCCCGCCCCUUUCUUCAGUUUUAGCUCCUCCCUGCCCCCCGGCGCCCUCCUCCUCCUCAGGUGUCGCUGUCGAGAAACAGGAAGAGCUCUGCCUCUCUGAGAGGCGGGAGGAGGCGGAGCUUGCAGGAGGAGGGGGAGGAGCUCUGGCGGAGCCUUCGUCGCGGCAGGCGGACUCCUCCUCCUCCUCCUCUCUGGACUCGGAGUGCAGCUCCACUGACACGUUUGACCUUCCUCCUCCCAGCGAGCUCCUCCUCCUUCAGAGCUCCUCCUCCUGCCCGCCCCCACCCUCCCCUCCUCCCCCCUCCGUCACGCCCCGCAGCUCCUCCUCCUCCUCCUCCGUGCUCUCCGCCGUCUCUCCCAAAGCGGAGCGGCCGGACCUGGGGCCGGGCGGAGCCGCGGAGGAGGAGGUGGGGGUGGGAGGGGGAGAGGCCAAGCGUCGGCGCAAGUCUUCCUCGUCGUGCCCCCCGUCCUCCGUCUUCUCCAAGUCGGUGUCCAAGUGCCCGGCGCCGGACGGGCGCACGGUGUGCGUGGGCGACAUCGUGUGGGCCAAGAUCUACGGCUUCCCCUGGUGGCCGGCCCGCGUGCUGGGCAUCACCGUGUCGCGGCGCGGCGACACGGGGCUGGCGGUGCGGCAGGAGGCGCGCGUCUCCUGGUUCGGCUCGCCCACCACCUCCUUCCUCCCGCUCGGCCAGCUGGCGCCCUUCCUGGAGAGCUUCCAGUCGCGCUUUGACAGGAAGAGGAAAGGACCGUACCGCCGCGCCAUCGCUGAGGCUGCCAGCGCCGCCAAGCAGCUCACGCCCGAAGUCCGAGCGCUGCUCACCCAGUUUGAGACGUAGUGUGUGUGUGUGUGUGUGUGUGUGUGUGUGAGUGAGAGUGAGAGUGUGCAUGUUGGGGGGACCCCGCCCCCCUCUGCAGGAAGCCCUUACUGGACUGCUUCCUGUCUGGACUGCUGGUCUGGCUCUGUCUGCUUCUCUCUGAUUGGACGGAGCGCUCCAGGUUCAGGCUCACCUGUCAGUGUGCCGCGUGUCUCCACUUAGGUCCUCCGUUUUAGCUGCUGCUGUUGCUAGGAGACGCUGGAAACUUCUUUUACUAACAUCUGAGAUAUCUUACCUGCUGUUCUCUCUCUCUGUCACACACACACACGCACUCACACACACACACACAUAGUCCGAAGGGGGCGGGGCUAACCUGUGUCCUCUGGGCCUUUAAAGUGAUGUGGUGCUUCUCGUCAAUACGAAUGGAACAGUCAGUUUAUAUUUGUGUUGUCGUAGCGACGCCUGAUCACCAUUGAGCAUGUGCAGCUGUCUACAGAGACGGGGCUGAGGCGAGAUGUCUCACUCCUUAGCUCCCUUCAUCAUCAUCUCUGGACAGAGCCUCUGUGCCGUCCGGUGAACGUGUUUCUGAAGAGCUUUUUAAACUCUCGUGUCUCAGUGUGAUGAAGCUGCUGCGGUUCAAAUCCCUGAGGGCGGCGCUGCAGGUCGAGCCAGGUUCAUGUGACCUGCACACACCGUCAGCCUCAUCACACUCGCCCACAAGGUUUUUUUUUUGUGAAUUUUCUUGUGUUCUCAAAAUCGUCCAGUCUGGCCCAUCAGCGCCCCCCUGUGGAGAGAGCGUGUGCUUCACCACCGCCGUGCUCCAGAAUGAAGGAAGUGGCUUUGGAUCAAACAGCUACAACAGUGUGUUUCAAGAAAAAGAAUGAGAAUAAAGCCCUAAAUUUUUGAAAAAAAACAACAACUUAGGAAUCCAGACUUCCGUCUCCUCUCUGUCCGUGGCUCCACCUGUGCUGCCCCCUGCUGGCCGUGUCUCAGGCCUGCAGCUGAUCCCCUCAGCAGAUUCUACUCUGACAUGGGAUUCAGGAACAAGGAGAUCCUGCUGAUCUGAGCCCAGAAUCA